CUUUCAUUAAAAGCCGUAAGAUAAGAUUAAGGAACAUUCCUUCAAGGGAGGGGAAGAGAUAUUUGUUUGGAGGGAUGGGGAGGAGGGUGUUCGGGAGGCAGCAGUGGGUGCUAGUCCAGGAACUCGGUAAGUUGGCCUGGACACAUGUUAGUUCUCCGUGGACACUCCUCAGGACCACCACCUGGAUAGUGAAACUCCUCGGUGUGCGAUACAUCAGUGAUGGAGAUGCGUCUCGUCUUAUUACUGGCUGCACUGUGGCCGACGUCCUCACCAACUCAUAUAGAACAAUCACAGCCACCCUACGUCCACGCUUCUGCUACCACCUGUCGCCCACAAAAUGGUUUCAAUGCUGAUUUUGGGCUGGCAGCCCCAACCCGAACCGCUUGUUUGCUCCCGCAAGAAGCCGACACUCCCACAUCCUCGACUCCUCACUACCACCUCCAGACAGAGCAUAGUCGGGAUGAAUCAGGUUACGCCACCCGUCUUUUCCUAAGGAGACAAACUGAGGGGUCGUCGUCAGCAUCUGCAACACUGACUAUCACUACCCAGACAAGCAUGGUGGCCUGCAAUGCCCAGGUGAACUUGAGCUACGUAGGACAGGCAGCUGAGAUGGCAUUAACGGGAGUCUGGGCCAUGGCUCCAGCACACUCCCUCACUCACUCACACUUGCACCUCGUUAUCAACACUACUAAAGAGAAGAACCUGGUCCUUGUAGUGUGGGACGGAGCAGAACAGAGUUUCAUGCUGAUCUCGUCUGGCUGUACCGUCACCUUGACCUCGGGGACCCGGGGCAAAGCUGGAGGCAAUAGUGAGGCCAGCGGGAAAUGGGACUGUGGCAUAUUAGGCAAUAGUGGUAGCAGCAGUAGUAGCAGCGGCAGUGGUAGCAGCAGCAGUGACAGAAGUAGUAGCAAUAAAGAUGGCAGGAGCUGGGGCGGUGGCAGAUGUGACAGUAGUAGUAGCAGCAGCAGAAGUGACAAUGGUGGCAGCCGGUGGUGGAGGCUCACCCUACAUGGAAAUCGCACUUGUUCGGAGGACUUGGAUGGUGGGAGGAAGGAGCUGGAGGUGGACUACCAGUGGACAACAGAAACAGACACCACCAGGAUGAGCACCAUAUUACUCACGCUGAAGGAGGGAAGUCUUGAGAAACAUCUUCUCAACAUCACCAUCUACUCUUCCCAUAAAGGUUGGAGACUGAUUAUCCACUUGGUGCCUCUUCACCUGAUCUUGGAGGCUGAGUUGAUUACCAGAAAUGAGGAGAGAAGCCAACAUAUGGACAUGGUGGCAGAGAUAAGGAAUAACUCAACAGGAGCAGCCUUAAAGUUCCACAGUCGGGAUGUGACUACUAUAAAGCCUCAAGAGUCCUCCUCUCAACGACGAGCAACAGUCAGAGAAGAGGAUUUGCAUGAUAAACUUGCAGAAUGUUUAUCAAUGAAAGAGACUGCAGCAAAACCAGUGCCAGAGGAGAUCCAGACACUUAAACAAGUACUCACCAGCGAUUUGCUCAAUUUGAAGUCUAACAUGACUGUAUAUGUGACACCUGCAGGAAGCUACAUAGUGAGGAUCCAUCAGAUUGCUCAAAUACCCUUCUGCCCUCCACUAGGCUGGUCGCUUAACCAGAUAUUCAACUUUUCUCAUGACUUCUCUGGAUGGGAGUAUGUAGUGAGCCAGUGGGAGUGGGGCAACAUGGUGGUGCAAGGCGAGUUUGGCUCCUCACCUCUAGAGUGGUACCAGAAGACCUUUGCCUUUUCACUUGACCAGGCGGCACCCUUGCCUUCCACCCACAUAAUACUGGACUUCCGUGACUUCAGCAAGUUUAUGUUGAAGGUUAGGUGGCCCACCUUAGCUACUAAUCUUGCUGCCUCCCUCAACAUGCAAGAUGGCCACUACUUUCUGCAAGUUAAGAAGGUGGAUGAGUUCCAAGGUGAGGAGGCAGGGGAUGUGCUGGUGUGGGUGCAGGGAGAAGAGACUAGAGAAGGAUCACUGGUGGUGUCUUGGAACUUAGACACAGACAAGAUCCUUGCCUUGCUCACCAGUGCUGUCACCCUCCUAAAUCAGGCCACAUCCCACCCAGGUAUGUGUGGAGAUACACUUGACAAGCACACAUUCAGUCAGGCCCUACAGAAGCUACUGGGGCAGAAUCCUGCUUGCCUCUGGGAAAAACUACUGCUACAGGGGCACCACCUACUUGGCUGGGUAAAUGGUGCCACAAAGCUGCAGUACUUGUGGAAGAAACUGAUGGAAGAGCAUAGUCAAGGAAAGUCAAAAUCAUCUAGCAAUUAUAACGAAGACAGCAGCCAGCAAGAAGUGUGGGAGCACAUCUGGACAGCAGCAAAGAUGAUGGGUGUGCUGGAGGAGAUUUCAGAGAGCGCUAAAGUAGUGGUGGUGGUCACAAAGCGUGUGCAGGGGUACUGGAAUCUGCUGCAGAAACUCUGGGAAUUGGUGGCAGAAAAUCAAGGGAAGUGCAGUGUACCCUACCAGUUGUCUACCUUUAUUGAGGAACUUGCAUCACAACUCAAAAUAUUCUUGCCUUCACAAACCUAAUAUCUUAAAAAUUAAAUUGCAGUUUUCCUGAACUGAAAAUAAAACAGAACAAAACACCAAUCUGGGAUUUGAGUAAAGAGGAAAUAAUAUACUAAUUUGGCAGUGGUGCUGAAGGCAAGUGUGUGGGGGAGGUGGUCCUGCAGAAUUUUUUAACCCUCUAACUGUCCAAACGUAGAUCUACGUUUGCUUGCGAAGUGCUCCGAAUGUAGAUCUACGUUUUUUACAUUCUUUCUUAGGGAGAAAAUCAAGAUUGGAGCACUACAUUUGGACAGUUUAAGGGUUAAAUAAUGCUUCUAGAAUGAAGUUGGUAAUAUUUCCAACGGUAAAUUAUUUGCUAAAUUGAUCUUUGUGUUACAGCAAAACCAGAAUGAAGUUCUGAAUAUUCAAUAAUAAGAAUUUCAUAGCUUAUAAAAUUUAUUAAUAUAGUUAUUUCAUAGUUCAGAAUACAGGUUACAGUUAAGGGUUAACAUCACACAGAAUGAACCCUCUACUAAACUAAAAGAUAGCUAUAUCGCCAGUGCACCCUCUGUAUUAAAAUAUUUGUUGCCAAACCAGUGUAGCCAAAUAAAAAAAAUAAAGAUACAUGUGAAUCACUUGGAUAUCUUUAUUCCAAGAUAUUUUGCCUGCACAACAGGCUUCUUCAGUUAAAUACAGGAGAAUAUAACACUAGAGACAUUACAUAAGAACAUAAGAAAGAAGGAACACUGCAACAGGCCUACUGACCCAUGCGGAGCAGGUCCAUGUCCCCCCCCCCUCUGGAUUAGCCCAAUGGCCCACCCAGUCUGGUCACCUCCACUCAAGGAAGGAGCACGGCACCAGACCCAGCAGCACAAACUAGUCCGGUCAAACUCACACCCACUCAUGUAUUUAUCUAACCUAUUUUUAAAACUACACAACGUUUUAGCCUCAAUAACUGUACUCGUGAGUUUGUUCCACUUAUCCAGUAGUAGUAGAAGUAGUAGUUUUGACAUGAUCAGCCUUGGUGAACCACACUGGAUGCUGGUGUGGUUAGCCUUAAAAGCACGGGCAAGUAAGCCUACUACAACACUCCUCUUAUGCAAUGCAUAGUAUUUUACAGAAAUACCUUUUAAAUAUGCUUUAUCAAGUUUCUGUGGGGCAUUAUGAAUCUGUUAGUUGCAUUAUUAUCAAGCAAUUCAUUUAGUAAUUCCUUCAAUAAUUUUUUGGGUUUUUAAUGUUUUAUCAAGAUGGCUUCUUCAAUGAAAUGUUUAAUAAAUUAAAUUCCAAUCUCGUUUGAUGUUUCUCCAAUAAUGUUGAUAAACUGUACAAAUGAGAUAAAUGAAUGAUAGUUUAUUGUAGAUAAACACCAUAUUAUGGAAAUGGCUUAAAAUAUAAAAUCCUGCGUAGGAUGUAGAUUGGUAAAAUCUUAAAAGUAUCUGAUAAUGAGAAACUUUUAUAAGUAAUAAAGUACUGUCAAACAGUGGCAUAAGUGAAGUACAGCAACAAUGUUGGCAAACUUUAGGAUAGCCUUUUAAGUUUUCUGUGCAAAUAAAUUCAGUUUUAGCCUUUUCCUUCUGUGUGACUGACCUGCCUCUAUGAUGUAAUUUGACCUCUUCCCCCUGUGUGACCUCUUCUUCCUGUUCAACUUUAGUACAAAAAUCUGUGUAAUCUCACAAUCACAGUUCAACACCUUGUAAAGGUUCAAACCAUGAUGAGAACCUUCAUAGUGGUCUGUGAUGAUACAGGUUAUGUUGUGUAAAGCCGAGAUUGCACAGUAAUUGUCUUGAACAAUGAACUACAUGAAAAUUAUUUUUAAUUCCGCAACAUCCUCACUCCUUUAGAGGAGUGCAGGUACUGUACCUCCCACCUCCAGCUCGCUAUUUUAUUUCAAAGGAGGCCUGGUCACAGACCGGGCCGCGGGGGCGUUGACCCCCGGAACUCUCUCCAGGUAAACUCCAGGUAUAAAGAUUACAAUGUUGAAUUUACAGAAUUUGGUUGUUGUGUGGUUUACAUGUAGUUAAAUAAUGAUUACAGAGUGUACCACUAGAACGCCUAGCAUGGCUAGGCAUUUCGGGCAGACUUAGUUUAAUUCUUUAUUUUAAAAUAUUACAAAUUAUGAGGUAAGUUGGUAUUAUGGCUAAGUGACUAAAUACUAGUUUGUGAGUUUAGCAAUGUGAAUGCUUUUGUUUUGGCACAGUACAUAGUUUCAGUAUUGGAGUAUCAUAGGAUUCAUUAUUUUAAGAUUGAGAUUAAUAUUUCUGUUUAUGGUCAAAUGGGUGAGUGAGUGUAAGUGUGAACCACCAGGUGGUAUUCGUGUAGUUAGUUGAUGGGGUGUAUCAGGGAGAUAAGAUGUUUUCUGAUGGUAGUUUUGAAGGUGAUGAAUGUGUCUGCAGUUUUGGAAUUUUCAGGUAGGGUGUUCCAGAUUUUAGGGCCUUUGACAUACAUUGAAUUUUUGUAAAGGUUUAGUCGGACACGGGGAAUGUCGUAGAGAUGUUUGUGUCUGGUGUUAUGCCUGUGGGUUCUGUCACAACUAUCAAGAAAGCGUUUUAGGUCAAGGUUGAUAUUGGAGUUUAAGGUCCUGUAGAUGUAGAUUGCACAGUAGUAAGUGUGGAUGUACUGAACAGGCAGUAAGUUUAGAUCUAUGAAGAGUCGGGGGGUGUGUUGCCAGGGAUGGGAUUUAGUGAUUAUUCUUACUGCAGCUUUUUGUUGGGUUAUUAUUGGCUUUAGGUGUGUUGCUGCAGUUGAUCCCCAAGCACAAAUAGCAUAGGUGAGGUAUGGAUAUAUAAGUGAAUGGUAUAGUGUGAUAAGGGCAGUUUGCGGCACGUAGUAUCGUAUCUUGGAGAGGAUCCCAACCGUUUUGGAUACUUUUUUGGUUAUGUGUUGGAUAUGGGUGCUGAAAUUCAGGUUGUUGUCAAGGUAUAGGCCUAGGAAUUUGCCCUCAUUAUGUCUGGUAAUUAGAGUGUUGUCGAUCUUAAUGUUAAU